AUGUAUAAUAGCCAGAGCGCCUAUGAAUCACUUGCCGAUGUCUGUGUUAACUCGGCGAUGGUCAACUUACGAACAAUGACAGUGGAUCAGCUUAAUGAUCUUCUUUAUAAUGAGACACGUUUCGACGCACUGAUUGACAGCCUUCCGCAGAUUCGAUCUCUCCCAACUGAACGCGAAGCAGGUCUUGCGCAGAACAAAUCUCUUGCUGAAUGGAAUCUUGCACAAGAGCCGAAACUAAAUCAACUGCGAACACAGAAUUAUUAG